AUGUCGGACGAAAUAUCGACUCAGGAGCGAUUGCGAUUGGAGAAAGAGGAAAUACUGAACAAAAAAAUUGAAGAAAUGAGAAAAAAAAAUGAAGCAAUGGCUAAAAAGUUUAUGGAAGCAGAGGAAGACCGAAAAAAAGCUGAACUGGCUGGGUGUGCAGUGACUAUAAAACCUCCCCACAACAACAACAAUAACAAUAAAAACUUUUAUAGCACUAAUUACAAAAACAUCAGCAACAAUACUUUUAAUAAUAGUUAUAAUAAGAAACAAGAGUCUUCGUUUAGCCAUAGUAAUAAAUAUAAUUUCAAAAAUGAUAAUAACUAUCAGAAUGGUAAUGACAUUAAGAAUAGAACUGACAAUGACAACAACAACAACAUAUUCAACAAUUUUGCCCAAGCUGAUGAUAAAAGCAACGCCAACAACAAUGUAACAACAAGUAAUUAUGUUACGGACAGUUCUAAAGAUAGCGACAACAACAAUAGCGUCACUAUUAAACCUUUAAUCUUUAUGGAUGCUAGAGACAAGUUAAACGCCAUCAGACAGGCUAGGCAACAACAACAGAACAACACCAACAACAAUAAUAAUAACGUAAAUAACAACAACUACCAUACUGACAGCAAUAAUAACACUUAUAACAACAGAAAUAUUAAUAACGAUAACAAUUAUAGCUACAAUAAGCCAAAAAAUAACAACUAUAAUAAUAAAUUUAAUAGUAAUAAUAAUAACUAUAAUAAUAGUAGUGGUAAAUUUGGUAGGGGGGGUAGAAGGUAUGUCCCAGGGACCUCCGAAGAAUGGCAGGAGUACAUUAGAAACAAAGCUGAAGCCGAUGGAAGAGAGAAGUUAAGGGAUUGUGAAAAUAGUAAAACUAAUAAGGAUAGACAUUCAAUUGGUGAUAUUAAACAAGAUGAUGCUACUCCUUACAACAACAACAGCAACAACUACAACAGCAACAACAACAGCAACAACAACAACAACGGUGUUGAUAACAAUUGUAGAAUUGAUAAAAAUGAUCAACAGCCACCACCUGAUCCAGCAAAUAGAUUUCUAGCUGAUAGCUACAGAGACAGACAGGACAAAAACACUUCAAACCUGAAAAAAGUUAGGAUUGUUCAAGAGGGGAAUUUAUGA